AUGGCACAAGAGGACGCGUUCCGCCGCCGCAAACUCAACUUCAAUGAGGAUGAGACCGAGAUCCUGAUCCGGGAGGUCACACUGCACCAGGACCAACUCUUUGGGAGAGGGGAGACCAAACUGCCCCCGGGGACCAAGAACAAGGUCUGGCUCUCCAUCCUGGCCAAGGUCAACGCCGUCUCCAAGUGCACCAGGGACAUCGGGGACAUCAAGAAAAGAUGGUACGACAUGUGCCACCGCACCAAGGACAAGGUGAUCAAGUUGGCACAGGAGGCGUUGCGGAGCGAGAGGGCCGUCACCGGCACGCCCCCGCCCCGGCGACAGGAGGAGGAGGAGGAAGAAGAGGAGGAGGACAAGCCCACCUCACUGUCCCUCGGUCACCAGCUGGGCACCAGCGGAGGCGAGGACGGUGCUGAGCCCAGUACCAGCGGCGCCAGCCAGGACGGCAGCACGGGCACAGCCAGCAGCCGACACGCCGCUCCCAGCCAGCAGACGAAGACGCCGGCACUGCCCGUCCAGGUGGCUUGGCAUGGCAGGCAGGUGCCACCAAUGCUCAGCCACCAAUCUGGAGUCCAGUGGCCACCAGUCUUGCUAUUCACACUGGGCCAGAGUGCUACACGGGUCAGUACUCAGGAGCGACCCCCCAACUAUCAAGCAGGCAACACCUUCGAUGAAACCACUGUGAAAGUGAAACAGGAAGAUAUUAGUCCAAAUUUUGAUGCGGAUUAUUCUUCACCAGACAUUGCAUCACCACCAAACCUUCAAGAACAAAGUUCAUUCCGGCCUCAAGGGAAGAGGUUACAUAAGCAAAUUUCGGAUGAAGAAUUCUUCAGCAUCCAGGAGCAACACAAUGUAUUACUCGGGAAUGGCAAUAAGGAGUUGCAUGGCAUCAGGCAGGAAUUGAGAGAGCUACGGAGUGACCUUCAAGAAAUGGCCGCAGGCAUCCGGCAACCCUUGGACAGGCUGGCAGAUUAUAUCCAGGCUCUCCUUCCAUUGUUGCAGCACCCACCUCGUUCUCGCAUGAUGGAGAUGACCGACUCGUUUACACAGCCAGAUGAAGAAGAAACUGUGGGAUCUGGCUCUUCACUAUCACAUAGCCGACGGACUGGCUGCAAAACCUGCAAACGGCCAAAACUGGGCAUGUAACCAGUCUGUGUUAGGCCGGGGGAUUUUUGCUUCUUUGAUUUCCGUCUUUGGUUGGGUCAAGUGUUGUACCUCUCUAGGUGACUGCACAUCCCUAUCUAGUGACUUCCAAAAGGUGGAUUCAAAAUGAAGAAAGUAAAAGGCUGCUGGAAAUCUGAAAGAAACAGAAAAUGCUGGAAACACUUCACAGGUAGCAUUGUUGCCUGGCCUUGAAGAUUGGUAACUGCAUUGAGCAUCAAAGGUUCUUCUCUUGAGGCAUGUAGCUAUUGUGCCAUAGGGGAAAUGUCAGUCAGAAGUUCUCUGAUGUGAAGGAGGGACAGAAUAUCAAUUCAAUCACAUAAUCUACUGGACAAGUUUCAACGAAGUGGC